UGGUAGUCUCCGGGUAAAAUGUUUUCAAAACCCUCGCUCGCCAAACUAUUUUGUUUCCCUCUCUCUUUCUCCCUCCCUCUCCCCCCCCACACACCCUCUGUUUCGGCUGUUGUCGCGGCCUUUUCUCGAGGGAUGCCAAGCAGUGCGACCCCCUGCUUCGACUUCAAAGAUCCAUUCACCGUCUCUUCAUGCUGUUAGCUUCGUCUUCAAUAGCGGUUUGAGGGUUUGCUUUCUUCUGUUGUUUAUUAUUAUAUAAUAUCUUCCCCUGCAUUUUUAUCUCAUCUUCAUCCCAACGGAGAUGGUCUCUGGAUCGCGUCCUGACGGUGGUACUCAAAUUCUACCUGCUCGUGUGCGGAAAACAAUCCAAUCGAUAAAAGAAAUCGUCGGGAACCACUCGGAGGCCGAUAUUUACGUCAUGCUCAAGGAGACCAACAUGGACCCUAAUGAGACGGCCCAGAAAUUGCUAAAUCAAGAUCCAUUUCAUGAGGUGAAGAGAAGAAGGGACAAAAGGAAAGAGAACACAGGUUACAAGGUUUCUACAGAGCCACGGAAACCAAUUGAGCGUAUAGGGCAAGGCACAAAAUCUCACACAUUUUCAGAUCGUGUUGCUCGAAGAGGAGGAGGCUAUUCUCGGAAUGCCUUAUCUGGAAUCAGCAGAGAGUUUCGUAUCGUGAGAGACAACAGAAUUAGUCAAAAUUCAAAUAGGGAAGCAAAACCUGCAUCACUUCAUUGUUCAACUUCUGGUAAUGAGCAACCCAUUACAAGUGCUUCUGAAAUGAGUCUGCCAGGGGUUAUGAUCGAUAAAAAGCAUUUGGUUGCCCAACAAUCAGAUGGGCAGAAGUUACAUCAAACUAUGUCCACUGAUUCUGGUGUCAGACAUACUCGAGAUGUUAAUUCCAGUGGCGCUUAUAGAAAGGACUUAUUGGAUGAGUCACGGAUAUCAGUGCUGAACUCAAGUUUGCGGGUUCAGGGACUGAGGCCAAAUGAUUCUCAACAGUAUUGCUCAAAAUCAGCAUCUAGCAAUUCUAUAGUUGGGGUUUAUUCCUCCUCUUCGGACCCUGUUCAUGUUCCCUCACCUGACUCUAGAUUAUCUGCAAAUGUUGGAGCUAUCAAACGUGAAGUUGGGGUAGUUGGUGUUCGCCGGCAAUCUACGGAUAAUUCUACUAAACAUGCAUCAGGUUCAAGCAGCUCUUUUUCAAAUUCACUUGUGGCGAAGGAUGUUUCAGCAGCAGAAUCAUUUCGACCCUCAACCACUGUCACAAAGAAUGAUCAACUCAGUCAAAUAGCUACACCUGAAUCUGUCACGCCUAGCAUGGCGGUUGGUAGAUCUUUCUUGAACAACCAGUACCAUAACAAGUCGCAACAAUUUGUGGGGCAUCCAAAAGCUGCACAGUCUAAUAUGGAAUGGAAACCAAAAUCAAGUCAAAAGUCUAACACUACAAGUCCUGGUGUAAUUGGACCUGUUGCAAUUUCCAAACCACCUCCUGUUGAUAAUUCUUCCAAUGUGAAAUCAGAAACUGCACAUUUACGGGAGAGGCUUUCACAAGUGAACAUUUUUGACAACCAGCAAGUAAUUAUACCACAGCAUCUUCGAGUUCCCGAGGCUGAGCGCACACAAUUGACCUUUGGCAGCUUUGGAGUGGAGUUUUCUUCUACAGAGAGCUUUGUGACCAAGUCUCAAUGUCUGGAGUGUGUGGAAGAAUCAAAUGAGCAGCCUUCUGCAAGUGCAUCUGUAUCAGAUCUACCAGCUUCAAGUGAAGAUGCUUCUGGUGGCAACCAGGGUGGUUUGUUAGAUGAAAAAGUUAGAACUGCUAGAUCAGAUUCAAUGCCAUCAUCUGAGGCCGCUGAGCUUCAGUUUACUGAUAAAGAACAGUCUUCGGGUCCCAGGAAUUUGGAAAAUUUUGCAGACAUUAGAUUGGUUCGAAAUGAUAGCCCAUCAUUCAGUUCUGCUGAGCCACGACAAGAGCAAGAUUCUCCUGGAUUGCCAAAAUUCUCUGUUACGAUCUUUACAUUUUCUGAUCCUUUUUGUCUGGAUUGCAAGCAGGCAUAUGAUUCACAAGUGGGCUAUGAUGGACCAUUUUUCAGACCAGCGGUGGAUGAAAAUGUACGAGUACAAGGUUUGGUUUCCCCUUCGGAGGCCUUGAAUUCACAUACAGCAAACAGCAUCCCUGCAUCCACAACAGCAAUGUUGCAACAACCUGUUGCGCAGCUGUAUCCCCAAGUUCAUCUCUCCCAUUACCCAAAUUUUAUGCCAUAUCGUCAGUUCCUCUCCCCUGUAUAUGUCCCACCAAUGGCUGUGCCUGGGUAUUCUAGUAACCCUUCCUAUCCACACCCAUCAAAUGGCAGCAGCUAUGUGUUAAUGCCUGGAGGGAGCUCACAUAUCACUGUUGGGGGUCUCAAAUAUGGCAACCAACAAUAUAAGCCAAUGCCGGCAGGCAGUCCUACAGGGUUUGGAAACUAUACCAGUUUAACUGGAUACACUAUAAAUGCUCCAGGAGUAAUAGGGGGCACAACUACACUUGAGGAUUCUAAUAGGAUCAAAUACAAGGAUGGCAAUCUUUAUGUUCCAAACCCUCAGGGGGAAACAUCAGAAAUUUGGCUUCAGGCGCCAAGAGAGGUUCCUGGAUUGCAAUCAUCUCCAUAUUACAACAUACCAGGACAAGCACCACACGCAGCAUACUUGCCAUCUCACACAGGUCAUGCUUCAUUCAAUACUGCUCCGUCUGUAUCACAAUCAACACACAUGCAAUUCCCUGGUAUGUAUCAUCCCCCUCCGCAGCCAGCUGCUAUUGCCAAUCCUCACCACAUUGUCCAUGGAAUGGGGGGUAAUGUUGGCGUGGCUGCAGCUUCUCCUGGGGCUCAGGUUGGAGCAUACCAGCAACCUCAACUAGGUCAUCUCAACUGGACAACAAAUUUCUGAGAAAGAAAAGUCAAUUCAAUCCCCUGCUAAUUUGGGAUUGUUGUUAGUUAUAGAAGGUUCUGUUUCUCUUUGUUAAAUGAAAAAGAAUUCAUAAUCUUUUUCUAUUAAUGCAUAUUGUGUUUUAGCAUUUAA